AUGGACCAUCGUUCUGAAUUCAAAGAUAAACCUGAGAGUGAAGGCUCAGAGACAUGUUUUCAAACAGCACAGGAUUCCGUAUCUGAAAGUGCAUCUCAAGUUUUGGAGAGAAUUCAAAAUGAGGAAGUUGCAGCUCGCAUAGCAGAGAAGGAAGAUAAGAUUCGCCGGGCAUGCGAGAUGCGCGAUUUGGAUGCGCUGGUCUCAUAUGCCACUUCAGAAGGUGGUUUUCUUCGCGAUGACAUUAGACGACUGGCUUGGCCUAUUCUUCUCCAGAGCGACCGAGAUCAUGAGCUUGGGGACUGGGAAGACCUACCGCCACAUGUAGAUGAAGACCAAGUCCAGCUCGACGUGAACAGGUCGUUUGUCUAUUAUCCUAAUUGCAGUGACGAAGAGCUAGCUUCAAAGAAAGAUGAGCUGUCAUAUCUAAUCAAAAAAGUGCUACGGCACUACCCAAUGCUCUGUUAUUUCCAAGGCUAUCAUGAUAUCGUGCAAGUUUUACUCCUGGUACUUGGCGGGCGGACAGCGGCCUCAGCGGUUACGCGGCUCUCCCUCUUCCGAAUAAGAGACUACAUGCUGCCCUCUCUUUCCCCAACUGUGAAACACCUACAGCUCAUCCCAGCAAUCAUGGAAAGAGCUGAUCCUAUCCUGCGACGCCAUCUUGCGGACAUCAAGCCAUUCUUUGCGCUUGCAGCGACUCUUACAUUGUAUGCUCACGAUAUUCAAGAGUAUAGUGACAUCGCCCGAUUAUUUGACUUCCUGCUGGCUCGGGAACCAGUUGUUUCUAUUUAUCUUUUUGUUGCUAUUAUUCUUUCCCGUAAGAAGGAGCUGCUGGAAAUCCCUGAAGAUGAACCUGAGAUGCUACACUUUACACUCUCUAAGCUACCCUGUCCUCUGGAUCUUGAAAGUCUGAUAUCGAGUGCUGUGCAACUUUUCAAUGACUACCCUCCAGAAUCACUCCCACUUGGGGCUUGGAAGAAAAUUCCGCAGAUCAGUGUGCUGAAGAGUACUCGAGAUAUCUUCGAGAAACAAACAACUGAAGAAGCUAUAGAUCUUUUUGAUAGACAAGCGCGACAACUGCGCUACGAAGAGCGGAAAAAGAAGGCGGUUGGUUUCUUGUGGAAGCACAGGAGAACCAUUGGAACUGUGGCCGUCACGAUUUUGGUCGGUGCUUUGUCAGUAUGGAUGAGGAAGAAGGGCUUGGACUCGACGAUAUGGUCGUAUAUUAAUCGAUUCAAGCUGGCUUUCCAGUCUCACGAGCUCUUCUAA